GAACAGAAAAUUUCUUUUGCAUAAAUGGAAAAAUACGAGAAAACAAAGAAGGUGCAGGAUGUCGCAGGCACCUGCUGCUGCAACUCAAAACCGAAUCUGAAUCCCCGUCAGAUGUUCGACGAAAUUGUGGAGGACAUUGCCAAGAGCCUCGCACAGAUAUUGCUGAUCUGUGGCAUCAACACUACGAAAAGCUACCAGGCCAAGUCCAUUAUCAGGCUUGCCUUUAAGCACCACGAAAAGUUGAGGACAAAAUGCAGCCCGAAGGAGGCGGCAGAGCCGCGUCUCGAUCGGGAUGACAUGCUGCAGGCUUUGAGCAUCAGGUGCGGAAUGCAAAGCGUGGAGGCCAUGUUGUCGUAUUCGAUCAUCAAGUGUGCAUUUAAGGCCUUCUUUCACGGCAAGCCACCGGUGUCGCUCAGUAGUCCGAUUGUGGAUGCCAAGGCCUUACACGAGCAGCAGCGGGCAUGGAUGAAUGCCUCCAACGUGACGUCCAAGCUCUUCGAAAACUACCAGUCGGCCUUCUUUUGGGCGCACAAGUCCUACAAGGAGCAGAUUGAUAUUAUCUACAGGGCGCUGUACAGUCGCAUGAGUGUCCGCUGUAACCCGAACGAGGGCCCACUGUGCUGCAAGCCGGUGGUGUCCAAGAAGCUCACCCUCAAGGAUGGCUGUCAUCUGCGCAGGGCCAGUAUUCUGUGUGGCCUUCAGGUGCCCCCCCAAUUGAAUACGGGCACUCUCGUAAACGUGCAGCUUCCACGCCCCUUACGCAAUGCAGAGGUGAAAGUGCCGCGCUGCGAUCAUUGCAACGGUCGGUUCCUCAUCUGCGAGUGCAACAUCGAUCAGCUGACGGCCGAGCAGUGCCAGGACUCGUACAAUGUGAAUUGGUAUCGCCUGGAGGACGAGCAACCGCAGCCCAAGCCCCAGUGGCCUCUAUAUGAAGAAGACAUGGUACCAGAGGAUAAGGACAGCAGAACUCAUCACUGCUCCGUGGACUGCAAACUCGACUGGAGCCGUGAGUCCAUGAAUGUGUGCCCGAAUGUCUUCGAUGGCGGUUCCUCCAACUACCAAAGCUGCACAGAUCUUUCCGACAAAAUGGUCGAUAAACUGGAGGAUUAUCUCAUCAAACUGUGGGCCGAAGAUGCGGCCGAAAAGAAGAACUCCCAGACGUACAUAUGUGGCCAGGACCAUUCGAGACACAGGACCAGCCUGUAAGCGAUCAGGGAUUGCGGAUCGAGCUCCACUUUGUUUCUUCCUUUUUGUCUAAUAUUUCGUAAAUACAAUGGAUUCGACCUUUUCCUGAAAUGAAUGUAAACCUAUAUUAAACGACCGUGCAAGAAGAAGUUA